CCAGUGCUUGUUCGCAUGGAGUACUGCUGAGCAUUGUGUUUUUGUGUACGUGAGCAGUGCUGGAUAAGUAUUACCAAAAAGAGUUUUUAUUAAUGCAAUGAUACAGCAGUAAAUUGUGCGCCGCGUUUUUUCAACGGUUACAUUGUUGACGAUGGCUCCGUGCGCUUUCCAGAAUCUUUUAAUGGCCUAACAACAUGAUCUAAUCUCCGUAUUAUGGACACCAAGGAAGUGUUAGUAUGGAGCGUUACCGUGAUGAUUUUCAUCGGCCUGGGAGAGGCCUUCCACCAGCUGAAUAUCAUACUGGUUGCCGUUGGGCAGACGCCGGCAUAUGGUUACACGACCACGAUUCCAGUGUACUUCGUAGCAUUUGACCGUCUACGACAGCGAUAUCCUCACGUCUUUGCAAACAUAUCCACACACUCGCUGUAUCUUCCGGGGAGUUUCACGUGUGCGGCUGCUGCUGACGUUAUGAUUCCGCUGGCCGGAAAGGUCGGCCAGAUCCUCGCGGAACUCAACGGAGUGACUGUUAUAUUAACUCCGGCCUGCAGUGCGGAAAUGAUGGUCCUUGGUGACUUCGCUAGAGAGUGGAACGUUUUGACCAUGUCAAGCACGGCUGGAGAUCAAGCCUUAGCCAAUAAAGUACGCUAUCCAACGGUUGUGACGUGUGCGCCCCCGGACCAUCCGUCCAUCUCUCUAGCCGCUCAGAUGUUUCUGCAACGCUACAAAUGGCAGACGGUGGCAUUCUUCUGUGAUGAUCUCAAUCAGUAUCCAGGCUUGGGAUCCUUUUUCUACCUGUCCUGCCGCAACGUCAAAAAGUUGCUGGAAACCAGACUGGGCCAAUUCAGUAUUUACAUGUAUUCCUUCGAUACACCGGCUUUCAGCGACUUUCCAAGCAUUCUGACUGAUGUGCAAAGCCGUUCAAGAGUGGUCAUCAUUUUCAGUAUUCCGAAAAUUGUGAGACAGAUCAUGAUAACAGCUUAUCGUCUGAAUAUGACAAAUGGCGAUUAUAUCUUUUUGUCUUCUCGCAUGGCGCGUGUGCCUGGUGAAGGAAAACAGACGUGGAAGUUUAAUGACAGCGAUGACCCCAUCGCUUUCCAAGCCUUCCGAAGUUUGAUCUAUUGGGAACAUCCAGCUGCCCAAUGGAAUCAGAUUAUGGAGGUUAUGGAUGAUGUUGCUGCGUAUGCGCGGAGAGAAUACAAUCUGACUUUCACUUUAGAUGAUAAGCUGAAUGACUUUUCUGUGUCGGCUUACGAAAUGACGUCAGCGCUUGCGAUGGUGCUCAAUGACAGCUACGAUAUUCCAUCCGCACAACUCGGGGGACGAGAACUAGCCAAGCAGUUCUUUAACCGCAGCUUCAGCUUUCCUUGGCGUAAUGUAACUAUUGGUUCCAAUGGAAUGCGCUUAGGAGACGUUUGCUUCUAUCGACUUAACCAAACCAGCGGAGAAAUGGAGGAAGCAUGGCACUUCUAUGCAGCAACAAAAAGCUUGGUGAAAAUUUCUCCCCUGGCCGACGUAUGGCGCAGCUCAUUUGGACCGCCACUCAAUGAACCCUUGUGUGGAUAUCUGAAUAAUCUUUGUGAUACAUCUGAUUCAACGUGGAUUAUCGUUGCCGGAAUCGUUACCGGGCUGGUGCUGCUGUUUGUUUUGUUUGUCGUAGCGGCAUACAGAUCGUAUUUACGGAAAAAGGAAUCGGAUAAUCCUUGGUGGUAUCUACAUUCGGAUCAUGCUGGUCACCAAGUAGUCAGCCAAUAUACGCUGGACGAUGCCCAGUCUAGCGCUAAGCCCAUGCCGUGGCUAUCAAAGUUGUCGCUGUACCAGAAUGAAAUUGUUUGGACCGAAUGUUUUCCCUGCCCACUUUCACCAAGUCAGAUUUGCAACGUUCGAUUGGCUCGACAGACGCUAAAUUCGAUGCGGAAUUUGCAACAUCCCAAUAUUGCUCGAUUUUAUGGAGUUAGCCGUGAUGGUGCCAAGGUCUCGCUUUUGUAUGAAUAUGGAUCCAGAGGCAACUUGCGCCUGCUGCUCAGCGAUGAAAGUCUUCCAUUGGAUAUCGACCUGCAGAUGGCAUUGAUUCGAGAAAUGGCUUCGGGACUGAAAUAUAUUCACACUAGCCCACUGUAUUUCCACGGCGCUCUUUCCAGCCUGACGGUUAUGGUUGAUAAUCGUUUUGGGAUUAAACUGUCCGACUACGGGAUGACGAACGUGGUGUCUGGCUUAACGGAUGUCCAUUUAGGGGGCACAAAUGAUUGUCUGCAACUAUGGAUGGCACCAGAAAUGGUCACCGAUGACGAGUAUCCUGGAUGCAGAGAAUCAGACAUUUACAGUUUCGGUGUGGUAAUGGCUGAAGUUUUCACCAGAAGAAUGCCGUUAGAUGUCUCGCUCAAUGAUCAAUUAAGCAUACAAGACCGCUUGCACAUGUUGAAAAAAUCUCCAAGUACGCAACGAAUUAUUGUUACUCCCGAAGAGGUUCCGUCUUACGGUGAAAAACUUCUUCGAGAUUGUUUUUUGGAUAAUUCCGAUCAUCGGCCCUCAAUACGUGAUUUGAUACAAGUGUUAAAUGGAAAAAACACCAGGAAACUGUCAGGAUUAGGACGAACUGCGGCCAGCGUUGUGGAUUGUAUUAUUUCUCGCUUGGAACGUUACUCAUCAGAGUUAGAAAAACGAAUCGCCGAACGGACGGUGGAGCUGGUUAGGGAGGAGGAAAAGGUUAACGAACUGUUGAGGGAUAUCUUGCCCGAGAGUAUUGUUCGCAAACUGCGCAACAAGCUUCCCAUGGAAGCCGAAGAUUUCGAUGACGCUAGCAUUCUCUUUACGCAUUUUCCGGAGUUUGCCCUGGUCUGCUCACAGUCCCAGCCGCUAUUUAUCAUUCGUCUCUUACAUCACAUCUAUACAUUACUGGAUGGUCUUAUGGAACAGCACGAUGUGUAUAAAGUAGAAACUAUCGGAGACUCCUACAUGGUUGUCAGUGGUGUUCCCGUGCGCAACGGUGCGUACCGCCAUGCUGGAGAAAGUGGUAACUUAGCUCUACGAAUGCUGGCAGCAGUACAGCCAAUGUCCUCGAUGGUAUUAACCGGCGUCGACUUCCAGCUCAGACUAGGAAUGCACUCUGGCCCUUGCGCGGCUGGAAUCGUUGGAAACCGAAUGCCACGGUAUUGUUUGUUUGGAGACACCAUCAACACGGCAAGUCGAAUGGAGAGCCAUGGGGAAGGAGGAAAAAUACAUAUCAGCCAAAGCAGCAACCAAAUUCUUAACAAAAUUGGAGGAUACAAAACGGAGUCCAGAGGAUUAAUAGAAAUAAAGAGCAAAGGCAGGAUCGAAACGUUUUGGCUACUAUCAAAAAAUUCGUGACUAUCGACCAACCACAAUAUUAUUAAUAUGUGCCGUUUGCCUGUGAUAUCUAUGCCUUCCUUAGUCCGCACG